GACUCCAGACCGUCUGGGAUUCAUUGCUACCCAAUCAAGACACGUACAAGAGCUACUACUCUACUCGUAAGAGCCCCCCGAAGGAUCAGCGGACACACCCUCUGGGAAGUAUGAUUGACAGGUCCCGCAGGCGGCAGAGCAUCUGUUAACCUAACACUGGUGAACUGCGCGUCAGUGAGUCGGCUCCCCGAAGUGUGUCGGCUGUUUACGGAAACUCCGAGCUGACAAUAUCCGUUCCAGAGUCAACCUCAAGUCUCGUCAUCACAUCCUCCCGCGUUACCGGAGUUAGGGGACUCAAAGUGUCAUCUGGUACGGCUGAAUUACCGGGACGAAAGGGCGUUCUGCUGGAGGGCUGGAGUGAUGCAACGUUAGCGAGUACCGGCAAUGGCAGUCCUUGGGAAGAGGGCGGCCCGGCUAGCGCAGUGACCCGCGGCGCUGCCGCCGAAUGAGGGAAGAACCUAGAUCGUGCCAAACGGCAGCUUUCACGGGGAGUAACGUAGCCCGAGGCAUAGUCAACAUUCCAACCUUCGCUGUAGAAGACUAUUGCAGGGUUGCCUGUCACUGACAGAGGACACAGGGGUAACGUGUUUGGAUUGCAUUCUGUCCUACGGGACGGCGGAAGCCAUCAGGGGCGCGGAAUUUGACUUGCCUGCGAGAGAAACUGUCCAGCUGCCCGUGGAAUAAUGUACGGGCUGCUGCUUGAAUCCAUCAACGAGUACAUCAAGGAAGCUUACGGGGAAUCCGUAUGGAAGCUGAUCAGGGAACGGGCGUUGUGUCCACAUCAUUCAUUCGUAACGCACCAGGUUUACGGGGAACAUGAGAUCCCGAAGAUCGCCCGGGCGGCGUCGGAGGUGACGGGGAUCGACCUGCCCGAUCUGAUGGACGCGUUCGGCGUGACGUUCGUCAGCUUCGUGGGGCAGUACGGCUACGACAGGAUACUCAGGGUGCUGGGCAGACAUGUCCGAGACUUCCUCAACGGGCUGGACAAUCUGCACGAGUAUCUACGGUUCAGCUACCCAAAGUUGCAGCCUCCUAGCUUCUUCUGUGAAGAGGAAUCCUCCAUGGGGCUGACUCUACAUUACAGGAGCAGGAGGCGGGGAUUCGUGCAUUAUGUCAAAGGUCAACUCAGACAGGUCGGUUUUCUGUUUUAUCAGACAGAAAUAAACGUGGAGGUCCUGAAAGAGACGGACCACGCGGAGGGUCUCACACACGUCGUCUUCAGAUUACAUUUCAACAACAGGGCGUAUAAAAUAAACCGGCAUCAUCUUGGGAACACCUGCACAGACAGCCUUCUUCCAGUCAGGAGCGACGUCUUCUUUGAGGUGUUCCCCUUCAACGUUGUGUUUGGCGAGGACAUGUUAAUCAGGAGAGUCGGCAUCGGCCUGCAGAACAUCUUCGAGAAGCUAGAGGGCAGGCAGAUAGAGGAGUCCUUCACCUUGAACAGGCCACUCGUGAAGUUCACGUGGGAGAACGUGUUGAAUCAUACGAAUAACCUGUUUGAGUUGGUUUCACGACUACCGAUCGAGCGGACCAGUCUCCAUGGGAAAAGCAGCAUGAGCGAUGGAGGGUCUGGUAAUCUCAUGCACAAUAAAGUACACGCUCGUAAGGCAUCACGGCGGCGCUGCCCGUGGUUUGGUUUGGGCAUUCCUUCGGUUGAGAAUGGUUUCGGAAAUGGCGAGGACGAUGUGGGAAACGGGGAUAAAGGCGUGCCUCUAGACACUUCCCUGGAACUCAUGGCCUUUCAGACAAUCACAGGAGAUGCCCCUGAGGGCUUCAACACACUAGCCAAUGAGAACGACCGGUGCCUUACACUGAAGGGGCAGAUGAUGUUCAUGGAAGACUGGAAAAGCGUUAUCUUCAUCGGGACCCCCAUUAUGGAGAACCUGGAACAGAUGUUCAUGACAGGCCUGUACAUCAACGACCUGAGCAUGCACGACUCCAGCCGGGACCUGGUUCUGGCGGGCACCCAGCAGUCAGCCGAGCUUAAACUCGCCUUGGACCAAGAGCAACAGAAAAGCUCUAAGCUGGAGGAGAGCAUGAGGAUGUUGGAUGUGGAGAUGAAGAAAACGGACGAGCUGCUGUACCAGAUGAUUCCCAAAGCUGUGGCGGACAGGCUCAGGAAGGGAGAGGCGUCCGUGGAGACGUGCGAGUCUCACGCUGCAUAUUUUCAGGUGUUCCAAGAGGUGACCAUCCUCUUCAGUGACGUGGUCGGAUUCACCAAGAUCUGCAGCCGCAUCACCCCUAUGCAGGUUGUAUCCAUGCUCAACUCCAUGUACACGCUGUUUGAUCAACUCACAGAGAAACACAACGUCUACAAGGUAGAAACGAUAGGUGACGCCUACAUGGUUGUAUCCGGCGCCCCUGAGAAGACGCGGUUUCACGCGCAUUACGUGGCGGACAUGGCGCUGGACAUGCUCAGGUCCAUGAAGCAUCUACAGGACCCGUCCACUGGGGACACCCUGCAGAUCAGAAUAGGCGUGCACUCCGGCAUGGUGGUGGCAGGGGUAGUGGGGCUGAAGAUGCCCAGAUGGUGUCUGUUCGGGGACACCGUUAACACAGCAUCCCGCAUGGAGAGUAGCGGCCAGGGCAUGCACAUCCACAUCAGUGAAACCACCAAGGCUCAUCUGGACGAGGAACCUUACGUCAUAGUAGAGAGAGGGACUGUCACAAUUAAGGGCAAAGGCGAAAUGAAAACUUACUGGCUAAAAGAGAAGGCCGGUGGCCAGAGCGCGGAGACGUUGGACACGCCGUUCAUGGCCAACUCCAGCGAGAACGAGUCGGACGAGGGGUCACGUGACAGCUCCAGAAUUUCCACGUACAAUCCCGUCUUCUCGGAUGACGUCAUCAAGAAGACCCAGGACGCCCCCAGCAUUGCCAUUGAGGAAGAAGUUGUGCACGAAAAGGUAGACCACGUGACGUGACGUAAUGUGUGGCCAAACUUUAGACCGACCUUGCGUUUGUACUUAUCACCAUCUACUGAACAGGUGUUGCAAAGGUGCUAUUCAUGGCAUAGAAAUGGCAGGAAAUGUUCUUUUAUUAAAACAAUUUUAUCCAUAAGACCUCAAAUGCAAAGCCCAGCAUUAAGACGUGGAUCUCCCCCUCUUUCAAAACUCCUCUCAAAUGACCUAGGAUAAUCGUAUUGAUAUUUCCGGUAUACAUCAUUUUAAUCAGGAUAAUCCCCUGUCGCCGCUGUCGGGUAAAGGAGGGCAAGCAAUGGCAGAUUAAAACAAAGAAACCCUAAUCCAUGGGCCGGCCAGUUGUGUUAAUGAAUAACAGUGUAACGGAUGAGGUCAACUUCCUCCUGAUUCACAGUGUCUGAUUCCCUUUGUACCAACACAUUCUCGGAAAGAUUAGCAUGUACCACCAUGAACGAGAUGUUUUGAAGAAUAGAACGUCCCCGACUUUAUUUAAAUCCACGGAUGAACAAUAUGAAGGGACUCAUAAGCGGAACAUUUCGGAGAGACAGUACUCUCACGCCGUCUUAUGUCGAGGAAAAGGAUAUCGUAUUUAUUGAGAGUCAUUUUGCCAUGAAAUUGACCAGUGUCUACUGCCAAAGUGAUGGCGGCCAUAUUUGCUGCUGUUUAUAACAGCGUAUCAUAUGACCGAAGAUUUCGGAUGAUACUACCGUUUCUGUACAAUCAUGUAUCAAGUAUUUUUGUAUAUCAACAUAUCAAUCUAGAGUGUUCCUCAAAUUCUAAACAUCAUGUAAAAUAACGAUAUGUAUAUAUGUGUGACAAGUAUACGGUGGCCGUAUUGUACAAGAGGGUGUUGCUUUUGUAUGUUGUGUUGUUUGUAUCGGAGACAGCUGGUCAUUGUGACGUCAUUCAAUACCCCUGCAAAAUAAAGAUUACGUAUGCCAUA